AUGAGGUCCAUGUCUUCGGUUCUCCCGCAGCCUCAGAGACUUUCAUCCAGGACAGCUGCAGGAGACCUGCACCGCUACUCCUUUAGUUCAUCCAGAGAGCCAGAUCCACUCUGGGUGGACGUGAGAACAGGAGCAGCAACUGGGCGAUCAUCGCAAAGCCAUCCUACUCAGACACGCAUCCAAUCUCUCACCAGCUCAGAGCUUGGAGAAGAAGAAGAGGAGCAGGAGGAGGAGGAGGAAGGAGAAGAGGACGUGGAAGACGGCGAGGAAGAAGGGAGUGGUGUGAUGGGGGUGAUGAGUCAAUCCAUGACCUCAGCAGCGGUGCUGCCUUGUGUUCCUUUUGGAGAGAGGAGGAUGAGUAAAAGAGAGAAGAACAGGAUUAAGUGUCUGCGGAGGAGGCAGAGGAGAAGGGAGAGGUGGAGACAAAGUCAACUGCAGGAGAACAGACAGAGUUCAACAGGAAACCCAUCAAGCAGCAGCAGCAGCGAGGAUGACGAGGAUGCGAGCACCGGGGACAGAGAAGGCUACAUAUGCGCAGUGUGUUUGGAUGUGUACUUCAGCCCUUACAUGUGUCACCCCUGCAACCACAUCUUCUGUGAACCUUGUCUGAGGACACUGGCUAAGAACAGUCCCACCAACACCCCAUGCCCCCUCUGCAGAACAAUCAUCACACAUGUCUUCUUUCAGAAAGAGCUAAACCAGACAGCAAGGACGUUCUUCCCAAAGGAAUACCUUUCCCGGAAACAGAACUUCCAGAAAGCAAGUUGCGCAAAGUGGCCUCUCCCAAGCUGCCGAAAACUGUUCCGUAUCUUUGGAGGUUUCCAGAGACAGUCCAGUCCCAUUGCUAGACGCCAGUUCCCCCAUGGAGGAGGCUACCGUCUGGACGCUAUGGACUUCGAGGAUGACUCUCGAGGCUGGCGCUUUGACAUGGACAUGGUCAUCAUCUACAUCUACUCAGUCAACUGGGUUAUUGGCUUCUUCAUUUUCUGCUUCCUCUGUUACCUCUUCUUCCCUUCUUUUUAACAGUCCAGUUAAAAAGAAUAAUGGAGCAACAUAGAAAGUUGAAGAUAUAGAAGGAUGAGAGUGAAGUAAGGAAUUAAAGAUGAACUAGAGGGCAGGCAUGUACAUAUAUAGGGGAAAGGGGAAAACAUAGCUGUAGGGU